UUUUGUUUAGUGAAACGCAAAUAAAGAAUAAUAGACACAAGAAUAAUAAUACAAAACAGAGUGAAACGAAACGCAAAAGAAAAGAAAGAAAGAAAAAGUUGCGAUCUCUCCAAACAAUCCAAGUACUUACAUAAAAUACAUAUAAAGCUACCUACAUACAUACAUACAUGUACACCUAUAAAGCAAAGUGUACGUGAAAACGCCACGACCACGCACCAGCAGACAGCUCCAGCUCCAGCAUCAACAACAACAACAACUCUCAAUAUAGCGGAAAGAAGAAAGAAAGCAAAAGCUAUAUAAAAUAGUGAGUGUAGUGCCCAUUAUGGAGACGUCGACAGCGGCGACGACGACGACGACACCGACGUCGUCGGCGACCCCAACGCCCGAUUUAAAUCGGGGCGAUACUACACGGAAGAGCGUUAACCUUCAUUCAGCACGCAAAGGACAGGCUCCUCCACCGCCAAGGAUGAGUCUCCUUAAUAAUAAUAAUACCAAUGUCAAUAGCAAAGAAUCCGCCGCUGCCGGAGACAACCAACAACAACAACAACAACAUGUGGAUACGGAUACCAUUCAAAGUCCUACACGCCCCCAACUUGCCCCAAAUCCCCGCCUUCCCACAAAGGAAAUCGAUCUCAGUUCUGGUGAUGGCAUUGUGGAGCUACGUCGUCUUGGGUCAGGUGAACCCAAAGCUCCAUUGCCACGUGUUGCCGUGUCGGCAAUACCCACUCUUCAUCCAUUACCCAAAGAACGUCAAAAGUUGUCGGCAGCGGUAAUGUCCGCCGAAGACGAUGUUGGGGUAUCUUUUGCCCUAGGAUCCAUUGAGGAGCAUAUACAGAAGGUCGAGGAAAGCUUUAAACAACAUCAGCAGCUCAAUGAGAAACAACAACAACACCAACAUCUCCAACAAAGUCAGCAAAUUCGGAAGCAAAGUAAACGUUACGGUGAAACGGAGAAUCUCCUACGGCCGGGCAUUAGUGACAUGUCGUCGGAGAAUGAUUUUCAAUAUCUGGGUGGUCGUCGCGCCGAGCUGGAUGAUAGCAAUGAAAUGAUGUUAUCCGAAUUUCAACGUGGAAGCGAUGGCCGCAAUUCCAUUGGAGCCUAUUCCAAAAAUUCAUCUGUCUCUAGUAGUGGCUCCAGUGCCAUGAAGACCAAAUUGGCACGCACUGCAUCAGAUACCAAAAACACGGAUACGGUGCUGGCAAUGCGUGCAACAUUUAAACAGAAGCAGACGGCGCAACACAACAAUGACGCGGUAGGAGGAGGAGUACAGCAACCAACCUCAACUACGGCAGGAAGUCGUUCGUCACAUCAUUCGACUCCAACACCAGCUGCUCGAACAACAUCCAGUCGAGCUGUAAGCGGCGGUAGUAGUAAUAGUGUUGUCGAUGGGGUUACCACAUCCCGAUUGACUGCCACCACAAUAUCAGCAGCCAAACGACAUGAAGAGAAUCUGCGACAAUUUGAGGCUCUCCUGGCCCAAAAGUCGCAUCGUCACGCUGCUAAUGCUGCAGCUAGUGGUGGAGCUGCAGGAGGAAAUAAUGCUGCCGCUGCUGCUGUUAGGAGGCGAGCAGAACGCCCAAUUGUUGCCCCAAUACCUCCAUACAAUUCCUCGACCCGUAGCGAGUCUGUACAGCGACGCACUGCGGUCGAUCCACCACCACGUUCCGGUUCCAAUCAUCCCGUUGUGAUGCACAAUCAUGGUGUAACUGGUGCUGCUGGUGUGCCUCCGCCACCAAAUGUGGUUGUGAAUCGUAACAAUGUGUACGGCAACAGUGUUGUACAGGGUUCCCCCAAUAUGCAAAUGAGAAGUAGCGCUCCAAUACGAUGGCGCGCCACCGAAGAGCACAUUGGCAAAUAUAAACUCAUAAAGACGAUCGGAAAGGGUAAUUUUGCCAAAGUAAAAUUGGCCAAACAUUUGCCCACUGGCAAGGAGGUUGCAAUAAAGAUUAUUGACAAAACCCAACUGAAUCCUGGGUCACUACAGAAACUUUUCAGAGAGGUUAGGAUAAUGAAAAUGCUUGAUCACCCCAAUAUAGUGAAAUUGUUCCAAGUUAUCGAAACGGAGAAGACACUGUAUCUUAUUAUGGAGUAUGCAUCAGGUGGCGAGGUAUUUGACUAUUUGGUAUUACAUGGCCGAAUGAAGGAGAAGGAGGCGCGCGUUAAGUUUCGACAAAUUGUUUCGGCUGUGCAGUAUUGUCAUCAAAAGAGGAUUAUACACAGGGACUUAAAAGCUGAAAACUUAUUACUGGAUAGCGAAUUGAACAUUAAAAUAGCCGAUUUUGGAUUUUCAAACGAAUUUACGCCUGGCUCAAAGCUAGACACAUUCUGCGGCAGUCCACCCUAUGCGGCACCCGAAUUAUUCCAGGGCAAAAAAUAUGAUGGACCGGAAGUUGAUGUUUGGUCCCUGGGCGUUAUCUUGUAUACGUUAGUGAGCGGUUCCCUGCCUUUUGAUGGCUCCACAUUGAGAGAGCUGCGGGAGCGUGUACUCAGAGGCAAAUAUAGAAUUCCCUUCUAUAUGUCGACUGACUGUGAAAAUUUGCUCCGCAAGUUUCUAGUACUAAAUCCCGCAAAGCGUGCUAGUCUUGAAACAAUAAUGGGCGAUAAAUGGAUGAACAUGGGGUUUGAGGAUGAUGAGCUUAAACCCUAUAUAGAGCCAAAAGCCGAUUUAGCCGAUCCCAAGAGGAUAGGUAAGACGGAAGCUCUGGUCGCCAUGGGUUACAAUCGACAAGAAAUCGAAGCUUCAUUAUCCCAGGUGCGAUACGAUGACGUCUUUGCCACAUAUUUGUUGCUUGGACGCAAGAGUACGGAUCCGGAAAGUGAUGGUUCACGAUCGGGUUCAUCGCUAUCACUGCGUAAUAUAUCUGGCAAUGAUGCGGGAGGAAAUGCUGGCAGUGCGAAUGUGCAAAGUCCAACACAUAGGGGCGUACACAGGAGUAUAUCGGCGUCGAGCACUAAGCCUAGUCGUCGAGCCUCGUCCGGUGCGGAAACAUUGCGCGUUGGACCAACAAAUGCAGCGGCAACCGCUGCCGUUGCGGCGGGCGCAGUUGGUGCAGUUAACUCGAGUAGCAAUUAUAAUUCAUCAGGCACAGCGGCGGAUCGUGCAUCAGUAGGUAGCAAUUUCAAGCGUCAAAAUACCAUCGAUUCGGCCACAAUCAAGGAGAAUACGGCGCGUUUGGCUGCACAAAAUCAGAGGCCAGCAUCUGCCACCCAAAAGAUGCUAACCACGACAGACACAACGCUAAAUAGUCCUGCCAAGCCGCGCACGACAACCAAGUACGAUCCCACGAACGGUAAUCGCACGGUGAGCGGCACAAGUGGCAUUAUACCACGGCGCUCGACCACUCUCUACGAUAAGACUUCGUCAACGGAGAAAACCAAUGUAAUUCCUGCAGAGACAAACAGCGGAUCGGCAGCUCCCGCUGGAAAGGGUCAUACAAAAAGCGCGUCUGUCUCGAGUCCUCGCCCCUCUACAGACGGAUGCGUUUCAGUCUCAAAUGAUCCGCUCGGAACGAGUCUGUUCGAUCGACUUAGAACAUCGGCUGUUAAAUCAAGCAGACACUUUCCAAGGAAUGUUCCAUCACGUUCAACCUUUCACUCUGGUCAAACCAGAGCACGAAACAACACAGCGCUGGAAUACUCCGGAACAAGUGGAGCAUCCGGCGACUCAUCGCAUCCAGGUCGCAUGAGCUUCUUUUCCAAACUGUCCUCACGUUUUAGCAAACGUACUUCCACCACGGAAGAGGCAGCAAAACCACGUGUAUUGCGUUUCACAUGGUCAAUGAAGACAACAUCACCAUUGAUGCCGGAUCAAAUAAUGCAAAAGAUACGUGAAGUCCUUGAUCAGAACAAUUGUGACUAUGAACAGCGUGAAAGAUUUGUACUUUGGUGCGUUCAUGGUGACCCGAAUACAGACUCACUUGUGCAAUGGGAAAUAGAAGUCUGUAAAUUGCCACGACUUUCUUUGAAUGGAGUGCGCUUUAAGCGAAUCUCCGGCACCAGCAUUGGCUUCAAGAACAUUGCGUCCCGCAUUGCUUUUGACCUACGGCUGUGACUUAACCAAACAAACAACGAGGGAAGCACCGAUGCCGCCACUGACACUGUCGCUGAUACCACUCAAGCUGAUACCAUAUCUACUGCCGACUCACAAAUGGCCAGAAGCAGCUCAAAGCUGUCUGAGCUAUCACUAUUAUGCCGCUCAUUAACCAGUCAGCAGGGAUCUCAAAGGCGCAAGAAGAGCAGAUUGUCAACCGGUGUCAAUGAUGAUCAAAAGAAAUCACGAUCGUUAUUAUCAGCUUUUCACAUGUACUCGCCAUACAGCUCCAAGGAGAAUGUGAAGUCACGCGAGGUGCUGCCAUGCGAUCCGGCUUCCCCACAAACUGUUGAUAUGCAGCAACAGUUGCUGGCCAGUAAACCAUCAGCAAGAGAGCUACCACCACCACCACCACCACCUCUCUAUGUUGAUCUAAAUCCGAUAAAUGCCAUUUUGGAGGAGGAAGGCGAAGGCGCUGGUCCACCCAUCCAACAUAAGGCAAUGAGCACGGCAAAAAAGGAUAAAAGUGGCAGCGACAGUGAUGGAGGCGGUGGCAACCGAUUAAAAAGAAACAUCAAACAUACCGGUAGCCUAAUUGUGCGUAAAUUUCGAGCCUCACGACAUGGAGGAGGAGAUGCAGGCAAAAAGGAUGCUAGAUCCACCAAUACAAACGAGUCGGCCGGCCCCAGUGGCAAUGCCAUGGAUAACGAUAACGAGAAACCAAACACCACACAGAAUACAACAACAACAACAACACCAAUGCUACGCACCACAACUCUCUAAUUAUAAUGGAACAUGGACAUAGCAUUGCAAAAAAACAGAAAGCAAAAAUUUAAUAAUUA